AUGGCUUGUCUGAGCCGUCACCACCACCGCGCCUGGAUCAAUACCCAAGACAUGCUCCAACGAUGCCCUCUCCCCGCCCACCACCGCUGUCUCCGCGAUGACGCCGACGCGGACCCCAUUUGCCUUCCCCUUAUCUCCUCCGCAUACCGCCUCUUCCCCGUCUACGCCAUGGGCUGCCCCGACCCCUACCCCACACCCGAACCCGAAUUGGACGGACCCGACCCUAUAUGGAACGCUGUCAGAGACGAGGCCAAGCUCGAGGCGGAGAAGGAGCCAAUUCUGAGUAGCUUCUUGUACGCUAGUAUUUUGGCGCAUGAUUGCUUUGAGCAAGCAUUGGCCUUUGUCGUCGCUAACCGUCUCCAAAACGCCACUCUCUUGGCGACUCAGCUCAUGGAUAUUUUCUGCAAUGUCAUUCUGCAUGACAAACCUAUCCAACGAUCCAUUCGCCUUGAUGUCCAGGCAUUUAAAGAUCGGGACCCUGCUUGUUUGUCGUAUUGCUCCGCACUUUUGUACAUGAAGGGUUAUCAUGCUCUGCAAGUAUAUCGAAUAGCCCAUGCAUUGUGGCACCAGGGACGCAAAGUCUUAGCCCUGGCUUUGCAAAGUCGUGUUAGUGAGGUUUUUGGAGUGGACAUUCAUCCAGCUGCGAAAAUUGGGGAGGGAAUUUUAUUAGAUCAUGGGACAGGUGUGGUUAUUGGUGAAACUGCUAUUGUUGGAAACAGAGUUUCAUUGAUGCAUGGUGUAACAUUAGGAGGCACAGGGAAGGAAAUAGGAGAUCGCCAUCCCAAAGUAGGUGAAGGGGCACUAAUUGGAGCUAGUGCAACCAUACUUGGGAAUAUAAAGAUUGGUGAAGGUGCGAUGAUAGCUGCAGGUUCCCUCGUGUUAAAAGAUGUUCCUCCCCACAGCAUUGCGGCAGGUAUACCAGCUAAAGUUAUUAGUGGUCUACAGGAGCAUGACCCAUCUUUAACCAUGAAGCAUGAUGCUACUAAAGACUUUUUCACACAAGUAGCUACUAACUUCAGAGAUGAAAAGCCCAAUGGAUCUCAAAAUCCAGAUAAAAAUGAAGUAAACAAUUGA